GGUCCGCCGAAGUCAGGGGCGGGGUGGGGUUCUUGAAUUACCCGGAGGAGUGGAAGUUGCGGCGGGAGCCACUGGGAGGAACGGCACCGGAGCCUCAAAAGAGUCCAGAUGGCGCAGUGGGAGACACUGCAGAAUCUUGACAGCCCAUUUCUGGACCAGCUGCACCAGCUCUACUCUCAAAGCACCCUGCCAAUGGAUGUUCGACAGCACUUGGCUGCCUGGAUUGAAGACCAGAACUGGCGGGAGGCCGUGCUAGGCAACGAUCAGUCCAAGGCCAACAUGCUGUACUUCACCAUCCUGGACCAGCUGAACCAGUGGGACCACUGCUCAGACCCUGAUUGCUUUUUACUGCAGCAUAAUUUGCGAAAAUUCAGCCGGGACAUCCAGACUUUUCCUAAUGGCCCUACCCAGCUGGCAGAGAUGAUCUUUAACCUUCUCCUAGAAGAGAAAAGAAUUCUGAAUCAGGCUCAGAGAUCUCAGGAGGUACAAGCCAGUCCAGCUCCCGAAGCAGCAGUGGGAAGCCAGCAGCUUGAGAUUGAAUCUCGAGUCCUGGACUUGCAGGCUACGGUUGAGGUGUUGGUGAGGUCCGUCAGGCAACUGAAAGACCUGCAUGACGUCUUCAGCUUCAGAUACACGGUUCUCACUCAAAAGAAGAAGACACCAUCUUUGGACCCGCAUCAGAACCAAGAGUUGCAGAUGGUACAGGCAACAGCCAACGAACUGGACAGAAUGAGAAAGGAGGUGCUAGAUAUGUCCAGAGCACAAUUAGGCCGAUUAACCACCCUGGUUGACCUGUUGCUGCCAAAACUGGACGAGUGGAGGGUGCAGCAGCAGAGAUCCUGCAUUGGAGCCCCACCACCCGAGCUGCAGCUGGAACAGCUGGAACAGUGGUUGACGGCUGGGGCAAAGCUCUUGUUCCACCUCCGGCAGCUACUGAAACAGCUAAAGGAAAUGAGUCACAUGCUUAAGUAUGACGGGGACAUGUUUAGCAAAGGGGUGGACCUGCAGAAUGCCCAAGUCACAGAGUUACUACAACGCCUGCUCCAAAGGUCCUUUGUGGUGGAAACCCAGCCCUGCAUGCCCCAAACUCUCCAUCGACCGCUCAUCCUGAAGACUGGGAGCAAGUUCACUGUCCGAACAAGACUGCUGGUGAGACUCCAGGAGGGCAAUGAGUCGCUCAAAGCCGAGGUCUCCAUUGACAGGAAUUCAGAGUUACCACCAGGCUUCCGGAAGUUCAACAUUCUGACCUCAAACCAAAAAACCUUGACCCCUGAGGAGGGCCAGAGACAAGGUUUAGUUUGGGACUUUGGCUUCUUGACGCUGGUGGAGCAACGCUCUGUGGGUACAGGAAAGGGCACCAAUAAGGGGCCGCUGGCUGUGACGGAGGAGUUACACGUCGUCAGCUUUGUGGUGCAAUACGUGUACCAGGGUCUGAAGAUGGAGUUGCAGACGGACACGCUCCCUGUGGUGAUCAUUUCUAACAUGAACCAGCUCUCCAUUGCCUGGGCCUCGGUCCUCUGGUUCAACAUGCUCAGUCCAACCCCCCAGGACCCCAGAUUCUUCUGCCACGCCCCUAAAGCCCCCUGGAGCCUGCUGGGGCCUGUCCUCAGUUGGCAGUUCUCCUCCUAUGUUGGCCGAGGCCUCAGCUCUGAGCAGCUGGGCAUGCUGAAGAACAAGCUCUUUGGGAAGAACUGCAAGAUGGAGGAUGCAUUGCUGUCCUGGGUGGACUUCAGUAAGCGAGACAGCCCCCCUGGCAAGAUCCCUUUUUGGACGUGGCUGGACAAAAUUCUGGAGCUGGUCCAUGACCACCUGAAGGACCUUUGGAAUGAUGGGCACAUCAUGGGCUUUGUGAGCCGGAACCAGGAACGCCGACUGCUGAAGAAGACAGUCUCUGGGACCUUUCUCCUGCGCUUCAGUGAAACUUCAGAGGGGGGCAUCACCUGCUCUUGGGUGGAGCACCAGGACGAUGAUAAAGUGGUCAUCUACUCCGUGCAGCCCUACACCAAGGAAGUGCUACAGUCACUCCCACUGACAGAAAUCAUCCGCCACUACCAAGUUCUUGCUGAAGAGAACAUCCCUGAGAACCCGCUACGCUUCCUCUAUCCCAGAAUCCCUCGGGAUGAAGCUUUUGGGUGCUACUACCAGGAAAAAGUUAACUUUGAAGAGCGGAGGAAAUACCUGAAACACAGGCUCAUUGUGGUCUCCAACAGACAGGUGGACGAGCUGCAGCAACCUCUGGGACUUGAACAGGAGCCAGAACUGGAUUCCUUAGACCUAAACGCAGAGCUCACGUCAGCCACAACAUUAGAACAAGACCUGGAGUUGCAGAUGUUGCUGAAGGAAGGGCUAGAUCUGGGGGCAGAGCUGGAACUGAACCCCACACUGUGCGUGGCCUCUCAGACAGUGUUGAGGGCAGACCCAGGGCCUGUCUCCCAGCCAUCACCAGACUCAGACUUACCUCACGACCUGCAGCAGCUGAACAUGGACAUCUUCAGAAACAACAUAAAUAUUGAUGACAUCAUGCCCUACGGUGACCCACUGUUGGCUGAUCAGAACAUCGUAGAUGAAGCCUACAUGUCCUGCCAAAGCCAUUUUGAUGUGGAUGGACCCUUGAUUCCUUCUGAUGACUAGGAGCCAUGUUCCCGUUCUGUUCUUCCUACCUCCCGUACCAGGGCAUUGCUUCCAACGG